AUGGUUCAUUGUGGUCCAAAGUCAUGGGCAACUGUGGAAGAGGAUGCAUUUCUUAAAGCAUUGCUGCCUGAGUAUAUCAGAGCUCGGCAUUGGAAAAUGUAUGACAAUUUUUGGACCAAUACCUUCCAGAGUUUUUUCCAUCAAUGGCCUGAGCGUAUGCAUCUACACCACGAUGGUAUCCCUACAGAAGGAGACCUUACCCCUCAUGAAAAAGACAUUGUUAGGCUGGCCAUCAAACAGCGCAGGGUGGUCAUCAAGCAUUGGUUCAGAUGGCAAACCAAUACAGCGCAUCUCGCGCACUCAGGCAAAUCCCGCAGUGUGCUCAAUCUUGAUGACACACUCAGCAGGGAGAUGGAUGGGCUCAGAGGGUCUCGAGCCCCACAAGAAGUUGAAAUUUACUCACAAUACCACUAUGAUACAUGCGUGAAGGCUGCCGCUAAUUCUGCAAUUACAGCAGGGGGGAUUUAUUCACGUGGUGAUAAGCUAUCUAAGCGGAAGGAGAUCACUCGCAUCACAUAUGCCAAGGAGGGUGAUUCCAUACGCACCAAAGUCAAGCAAAAGCACAAAGAAGUGCUUGCAAAGUGGAAACAGGAUCAUGAGCUGGCCAAGGCUGGGGCUUUCAACGAAUUGGGGUCACAUCUGGAUCAUGUCUUCCGUCAUCUAUCCCAUAAGAUGGGGGGAUUGAAAUUCACCUGCAUUGCUGGUGGACGCAACCCUAGUACAGGAGAGGUUGUCGUAGUUGAUUUCCACUUGGGAGAAACAGACACAGGUGCAGAUUUCUCAGCCUGUUCUGGGUUCUCGGACGUUCAGGUCGCCUAUGCGGAUUUCAUGAAGGAGGCUGUUGCUCACAAUGACAACAUGCAGUCACUGGUGAAUGAAGAAGCAUCAGCGCAGGCCCCAGUUUUUAACAAGGAUGUGGACGAGCGGACCUACGAAUAUUCAAGCAAAGACGGAGAUGAUGAAGAUGGACAAGAUGCUAGCAUGGUCCAGCAGACCUAUGAAGGUUCAAAGGAAGACGGGGAUAUUUGUGGUGAUAAAGACGGACGAGAUGCUACCAUUGGCCUCUAUCAUAUACCCCGGGAGGACUUCUCAGUGGGGCUGCAAGGCUAUGACCUGGAUCCUGAGUGGUUCAACAUCGAUCACCUUCACACCAAGUCUGAUGCACUCCUUUCUGAGGAGUCAGACCCUUCAGUUCUCGGCAUGGAUUUCACAAAUAUGAUUGCCGCACUGUCAGUCCCAAACACUACUAAUCAAGAUGGUGGUACCUGUCCCCCCUCCCAAACUGAUGCAUCGUUUGAGCACCCUGCUACUGCGUCUGCUCCCGACGAAUUAGGAAGUGUAGAAGUCCCUGACUACUAUGAGCUCGCACAAUUUUUUCAAAGUCUAGACCUCCUGAACGACAAUGGAGUGCUCCUACAGUCCACCAUCCCACAUCUAUUGCCGCCUGCUGCAGCACUUCAUGAUGAGUUGCUUCAUCUACCUGCAGUUCCAGAUGCGAGAGCAGCCUCCCCCUUACCACAAUCAGCAGCUCCCCAGAUGUUAUCGCCACGACUUCCAAAUGGGACAACCAGCAACAUUACCACUGGACCUGCAUUGAGCACAUCUGGUCGCCUCAAUCCAUUGACUACCAACUCGGAGCAGCCAAAUGGUCCUCACCGCACGGCGUGCCGUCAUAUCCCAUCAACACGUGAACAAGCACUCAAUGCUAUCGGGUCAUCGAAGGCACAUGUCUGUGCUAUGGAAGGUAAAGAAAAUGAAGGAACCACUUUCCCAUCUAUGAAGCGCAAGGCCAAGCCCACCAAUGAACAAGUCAACAAUUGUAAAGUAAAGACUUACGGCCCGUUAGAAAACAGAAGCGCAGUUAGCACCUGA